GAACUAACGAAAAGAAAAUCUACAAAAGGCAGACCACUGAUACAUACUACAUCUGUGCAUCAGAGCCAAAUUGCAACUGCAUUUCUUUGAUAAAGCGAGGAACUCAAGCUGUUACCAGAGGACCUCUGAGCCUUUACAGGUCAGCUCUUCCCAGAACAGCAGGGUAAAAUGGACUUGACCAAGGCUGAGGUGAGAUGAUGACAGGGUUGCAAAAAAUAUCCAGCAAUAGAGGCAAGGAAACAAAGCAAAGGCCAAAGAGGUGGAAGAAGGACAAGAAGCCUUUCUACAAAGCAGUUUCCCUCUCGUGUAAGAAUUAACACCAGAUGGGAGAAGAAAAAACACCCACAAGUGACUUAUGUGCCUGAUGUGGCACAGAAUAAAGACACCACUGAGCUCCAGCGGGAGAAGGACAAGAACCAGCUUCUCCAAAAGGAACUGGAGAGGGUCACCAGGGUACACAAGGAGCUCAGCAAAAGGCAGCAUUCGCUUCAGCCCACCACAAGACAGACCUGAGCCGCGCAUGCGCCUUAACAGCGGAACCCCGUGCAUGCACCAGCACUCAGGAUCCGGUAAUUAAAAUAAGGAAGAUGCGGAAAAGUGUGAGGAGAUAAGCUGGAAGCUACCGGACCCGGUGCUUCCCGGAGCAUGUGACAGCUGCAGGCGGCGGACCUUGUUCUCGUCAGGACCGUGAAACUGGCGCGUUUUGUCGCUGUUUGUUGAACCGGCUGAGACUCCGGAGAGGCUGCACAAACUCUUGGAACUGUCCAAGUUGAUGCUGAUGAGCAGAGCGGGUCAAGAUGCCUUUAAAACCACUCAGUAAAACAGAGAAGAAGCUCUUCAAAUCACUGGCAGGAGAGCUGGUGAUCAUGGCCGGGACCGUCAUGCUGGCCUACUACUUCGAGUACACCGACACCUUCACCGUGCACGAGCAGGGCUUUUUCUGCUACGACAUCACCUACACCAAACCCUACCUGGGACCGGAGGACAACAGCGCUGUUCCGCCGGUGCUGCUGUACGCCUUGGUGGCCGGGCUGCCCACGCUGCUGAUCACGAUAACGGAGACUGUGCUGUUCCUGGUCCAGUACACGUCCAAAGAGUUCGACCGGUCCGAGAAGACGGUGGCCACCGGGGACUGCUGUUACCUCAACCCGCUGGUGCGCAGGACCUUCCGCUUCCUCGGCGUCUACACCUUUGGCCUCUUCACAGUUGACAUCUUUGUCAACGCAGGCCAGGUAGUGACAGGAAACCUUGCACCCUACUUCCUGACCGUCUGUAAGCCAAACUUCACGGCACUGGGCUGCCAGCAGGCCCUGCGCUACAUCAGCCACCAGGAGGCAUGCACAGGAAACCAGGACGAUAUCCUGCGUGCCCGUAAGACUUUCCCGUCCAAGGAGGCGGCGCUCAGUGUCUACGCUGCACUCUACCUGGCUAUGUAUGUGACGUGCACGGUACAGGCAAAGGGCACUCGUCUUGCCAAGCCCGUGCUGUCUCUUGGCCUCAUGUGUCUGGCAUUCCUCACCGGUCUGAACCGUGUGGCUGAAUACCGCAACCACUGGUCAGACGUCAUCGCCGGCUUUGUCAUCGGCACUGCCAUCGCCACUUUCCUGGUGGUGUGCGUGGUCCAUAACUUCAAAGGCAAGUUACUGCUGGGCGAGGAGUCACCAGCAGAGCAGCGGCCUAACACAGCCAUGCUGAACAUGGGCCGGAUGGAGAGUCCUCUGGAGAAGUAUAUCGCUUCACAGAAUCACAUCGCCUUCGCAGAGGUCACAUGACGUGGAGUCGGCCGUGUGGCAGACUCAUUGGACAUCCACGCUCUUCACUGUCCAAUCACAUUAAUCGGAGCUCAGUGCUAAACCCAUUCUGUGUGUCUGUGUGUGUGUGUGUGGGUCUGCGGUAUGUUGUUCUAUGUUGUCUGUAUCAGGCUCCUGUUGUCAUUUGCAGCUUCUUGUAUUCAAGAAAAAAAAGUCAGUCAGUCAGUCAGUGGGACAGGUUGCUUCUGCUUUCUCCACCUAUGCACUUAUUCUAAAUCCUUGUUCGCUUCUAAAAUGAAGCUUGUUGUUAGACAAACCCCGGAGCGGACUUGUUUGCACACUGUGGGACACGAGAAGACCAAGCGAAGGGCUGGAUUGCACCAUCUCAAAUAUUUUCACAUGGUUUGGUCAUGUUUGUCUGUCCUGCAGGCAGUGUCCAAACAGAGAGAAGGAUGAAAAACCCUCUCGCUGUGUUGCUCAUGGUGUGUUGUUGCUGAGAUCACAUCACCUGGAUAUCAGAAUGUGACACUGAUUACUCGGCCCAUAUUUAUCAAACGAAUUAAUAAAAUGAAAGAAAGCUAGUUAUUUAAUUGCUGCCUUGAGCAAGAUGUAAAACAUAAGCUUCUGGUUACAAGGUGGGAAGUGGUGCACAUGAAUUUGUGAACUCCAUUGGUACUAAAGCCUGAAUUAAUUUUAUAUGCAGUUUUUCCACACACUUUUUUUGUCUUUGGUCUGUUUUUAUAGAUUGUGAUUAUCCAAAGCAACUUAGUGCAGCAAUAAGUACUGUGACAGUACUAGAGGGGGUAUAUUUAUCAUGUCCAGUUGUUGGUGGUGUUGUAGAGGAGGUCCUCUCUGAAAAGCUAGAGGUCUUCAUAAGGUGUUUAAAGGUAGAGAGGGACGCCUCUGAUCUGGUAGGAACUAGUACAUUCCAUUCCGAGAAGAGUCUGGACUGCGCUGAGCAAACAGGGCAGAGCCAGGCGUUGUUCAUUGGAGGAACGCAACUCAAUGUUUGUGAGGUAACAUAUUCCUUAAGGCUGUGCAGGCUGGCCCAUCAGGAGGGUGUUAUAGUAAUCUAGUCCUCUGUCAGGAGUUAGAUGGCAGCAGAAUUUCCUCCCUGUGUAUCAGAAUCAGAAUCAAUGGUAUUGGCCAGGUAUGAGUAACAUACAAGGAAACUUCACAUUGCUUUCACUGUAAUACACAGAUAUCAAGUUAAAUAAUGGAGCGAUGGUGCAGAGUGCAAAUAAUGCUGAAAUAAAUCUGAUUUAUGUAGCAGCUUGUUUUAUGUACAUGAGGUAGGUGGAUAUGACAAUAUAUACAGUAUAAUCAGCAUGAGUAGAUUGUGUAUGAGUGAUGAUGUUUACAUGUUUAAAGAACAAAAUCUGAAUGAACAUUUAGAGGUACAGUGGAUGUUUGAGACACAGUGUUUGUCUGUUGUUAACUGUACAUCAGAUGAUGAUUGAUACAGAUUGAUGGCCUGUGGAAAGAAAAGUUUGGUUCUUAUUUGUUUUUAUUUGGAACUAUCAUUUUAUCUCUAAUUGUUUGUAGGAAGAUGUGUGUUGUUACUGACUUACUUGCUGUUUCUGUUACUUUUUUUCUCCAGGCCACAUGUGAAAACACAUGCACAGGAUUUGUUCUCAUCAGAUGUUCUUUGUUUUGCUGCCUUUGGACAACAGUUAGUUGACAGGAGUGCAGCUCAUCUCACGUUCUUCAGGUUUCUGAGAUGUAUGUUGCCCUUCCAACAUUUUGAAAGAGCAAUUAUCGCCCAAAACUAUAAACUGAGGACUUAUUUGGGAUGUAAUUCUUGGAUCUUUGAUAAAUAUGGGCUCAAGUCAUAGUAGCAAAUUGGGAAAGCUGCAGCUGUCUUUAUGUAUCCAUGUACCAUUAAGUUCUUAUGACAUUUCUAGGAGGGUUCAGGGUGUGUGUAGAAGAGUGUAUGUGUAUACAGUAUAUAUACAUUCAGCCGCAACCAAUGAAAACACGAUACACUCUUUAUUCUAACAAAACCGUCAAGGGUUUCUUAGCCGCACCAGACAAUCACCCCCUCCUUUUUUAUCCAUCUUCCUAGAUUAGUUCAGAUAGUUAUUUGGUAACAGUAAGAGUCCAACACUGAGAAAGCACAGUCUCUGCAGCCCAUGGUCAGAAGAAUGCAACUUUUUUUUUUCAUGUAAAAGCUAAAAUAUACAAAGGCCAGUCUGACUCACAGGCCAAAACUGAGAUUUGUAUUGUCUGCAGUCAGAUAUAAUGAGUUUUCUUCAUGUUCUCCCAUCUGAUGUUUUUUGCUUUGUCAAAUCAGGUUACAUAUUUCCUCCUUUUUUCUUAGAUAAAGUAUUUAUUAAUGAUCUGUGUCUUCAGUACCAAAGAGACAUGGAGACACACUGGGCUGCCUUCACACUGGGCGAGAGCAGUCUCUGUAGUUCAUCUCACAAUCAGGACAGGAACAUCUUUGAUCAUCAGCUAGCAGUUUUAUUGUACUUUUUUUGGUUUCUAAAAUUUCUGUCAUGCAACUCAGUGUGACUCAUUGGUUGGCUUUGUAGUUCAGUUUAUACAUCGAUAAUGGUCCCUCAUAAUGAAGAUAAUGCAGCUUCUUUUAACAUAUAAAUGUUUUGUAUAAAUAAAAAGUCAGUCAUAUUCCUAUUAUACUACUUGUCUAUUAGAAGGCCUGAAUCUAUUAAUCCAGAGAGACUUUUUCAACUUCACACACACUGUUCGGCUUGAAAUGGAACGUUCCAGCAUUUUCGGAAAUCUUGUUAAGUUUGUUCCUUCCCCAGAUUGAAGUUUUAUCUCUGUGUGUGCAGUCCUGAAAUUGGUUUAGGAUGUAUUAAGCCUAUCUUAUUACAAAGACUGGAUGCAGUGGGACUGAAGCUCAGUGUGGCGGCUCUGGCCAUCACCAUCUUUGGCAGUCCUCUGACUCCUGACUAAUCCAAAAAUGGGUAGAGAGGUGGACCGUGGGUGUAGCUGAGACAGGCUAAAUGAAGCCUGGUUGCUCAAAGAAGCCGCCUGUGACGUCACCCACCUGUCAAUCAAAGUGUCCACACUCUCAAUUCUGCAUAAUUUAAAGCCUUAAUAUCAUCUGAACAGGUGAGUUGUAUAUAAAUCCACCCUCGGUACAGUUGUCAUGAACGGGGAAAUUAGCUACAGAGACCAAAACUG